CAGCGCGCUAGAUGGCGAUGUUGUACCACGUGCGCUCACAUCAUGCGCGCCCGGACUUCCCAGAAUGCAUUGCGGCUGCUAGUGCGGUUAGCCUACGCUUACCUGUGAACAUACGGCAUUAUACACACGGCGUCAGGGUUUCCUCAGUUUAAUAGUUUGUCUUAAGCGAUAUGCCUCCGAAAAAGCCACCUCAAGCUGCAGGCAAUAAGAAAACCCAAGAGAAGAAGAAAGAGAAGAUCAUUGAGGAUAAAACCUUUGGACUGAAAAACAAAAAGGGAGCUAAACAACAGAAGUUUAUCAAAGCUGUGACGCAGCAGGUCAAGUAUGGACAGCAGAAUCCACGACAGAUUGCUGCUGAAGCUGAAAAGAACAAAAAGAAGGAUGACAAGAAGAAGGAGUUGUCUGAGUUGAAUGAGCUCUUUAAGCCAGUGGUGGGAGCUCAGAAAGUCAGCAAAGGUGUGGAUCCCAAGUCUGUGCUGUGUGCUUUCUUUAAGCAAGGCCAGUGUACCAAAGGUGAUAAGUGUAAAUUCUCUCAUGACCUCACUUUGGAGAGGAAAUGUGAGAAAAGAAGCGUGUAUGUGGAUGGCAGAGAUGAUGAGCUGGAGAAAGACACUAUGGAAAAUUGGGAUGAAAAGAAACUUGAGGAGGUGGUGAACAAGAAACAUGGAGAGGCUGAAAAGAAGAAAGCAAAGACACAAAUUGUGUGCAAGUAUUUCCUUGAUGCUAUUGAAAACAACAAAUACGGCUGGUUUUGGGUUUGUCCUGGCGGAGGUGACAACUGUAUGUACCGCCACGCUCUUCCUGUGGGCUUUGUUCUGAAGAAAGACAAGAAGAAAGAAGAGACGAAUGAGGAGGAGAUCUCGCUGGAGGAUUUGAUAGAGACUGAGCGAUCUACCCUGGGAGCAAAUGUCACCCGAAUUACUCUGGAAACAUUCUUGGCCUGGAAGAAAAUGAAAAGGCAAGAGAAACUGGCUAAAGCAGAGCAGGACAUGGAGAGAAAGAAAGCCGACUUCAAAGCUGGCAGAGCAUUUGGGGUCAGUGGAAGGGAAGUGUUUGAGUUCAGACCUGAGCUUGUCGAUGAUGACGAUGAAGAGGCCGAUGAUACCAAAUACGCUGAUGAUGAUGAUGAUUAUGAUGAUGAUGAUGAUGCUGAGGUUUAUAACGAGGUGGAGGAAAUAGAUGAGGUUCAGGACAUUGACAUUGCUAGAUUUAUCCCUAAAGAGGUGGAUAAUGCGGGUAUAACGGUGGCGUCCGCAGACAGGUUUUCUGCCAGAGCUCCUCCAACAAAUGAGACAGAUGAUAAUAAAUUGAGCGAGGCGUCAGGCGGAGCUGUAGAGAACGGAGAGCACAGUGAGGACCAGACGCUGGAGGAUGGAGAAACCAAUGAGGAGGAGUCAGAGGCGGUGCCUGUAGAUGAGAACCUCUUCACCGGGGAGGAUCUAGACGAACUAGAGGAGGAGCUCAACACACUGGACCUGGACGAGUGAAGACUGGGACUGUUGCAUCAUUCAUGAACUACACAUGGCUUGAUGUGAAUGACAAUAUUUUCACAAAUAACUACCACCGGAAUUGCCAUGUCAGAAGCCACUCUGCCUGCAAUAAGCACCCUCAUCACUCGAUGUCCCGGGACGCUACAGGAGACUGGAGUAGAUGUGGCUCUUGUUCUCUCUCUGAUUUAAUAAUUAUUAUUUUUUUAAUUGCAGUCUACCCCAAAAGCACAGUCAGGUGAGGGUUUGGUUCUUCAGCAGGUACAUACUCCAAAUAUUUAUGAGGCUGUCGAUUAUUUGAUAUUUCUGCGUUCUCUUUUGAAAGAUUUGAUUAAAUCUUUGUAAGGUCAUGUCAUUGAAAUGAUUCAGCAUAAAUCCUCUUCAAGACGUUCAAGCACUAUUGGAAUCUGGUUUCCUCUUCUCUGCUGUUGAAAUGUUGCUUUAAUGAAAACAACGGUCUCAUUUCGGUUUUUAACUUGUAACCAACUGCAUGCCUGUAUCAGGAUCAGAAUGUAAUGGUGAAUAAGUGUGAUGCUGACAUUCAAGUGUUCAAUAAUCAGUUGAUCAGAUUGAGGUGUUGAAUGUGAAGUCUCUCAGAUGCAGAUGUGGCAUCUGGCCUUACAGAAGGAGAUGUGGAUGACGACAUCAUUACCAGUCUGAUUUGAUUUUUGAAGUGGUUUCAAGAAGUGUGAGCGAAAGAGGUGAGCUUGUGAGAUGAACUAGUAACGUGUCUGUCCUUUUGUAUUCAAUUGUUUUAAAUUGCCCUCUCACCAACACAAGAAAUUGUAAAUAAAAGGAUAUCAGAUACUGGCUUUGAGUUGAAAUGU